AUGAGAGUGCUAUGUGUAGCGGAGAAGCCCUCCAUCGCGAAAUCUAUAACUGGAAUUCUUUCCGGGGGGAGGUUUACGACGCGAAACACACGGACAAACUUUAUCAAGAACUACGAUUUCGAUUACCCCCAAACGAAUGCCCACUUCACAGUGACGGCAGUUGCUGGCCACUUAACUUCGCACUCCUUUCAUGACACCCACCAAAGCUGGAACUCCUGCGACCCUUUCGAGCUCUUCGAUGCGCCGGUCAAAAGCGAGAUUUCCAAAGACGCGAAGACCAUGGAGGCAAACAUAUUGGCGGAAGCGAGAACAGCUGAUAUGCUAAUGAUAUGGACGGAUUGUGAUAGAGAGGGGGAGCAUAUUGGGUCGGAAAUUGCGCGGGUGUGCAGGAAAGCGAAGAGAAACAUCAUCGUUAAGAGGGCUCGCUUCAGUGCUAUCAUUGCACAGCAAAUUCACAAUGCCGCGCAGCAUCCGGUCGAACUUGACCAAGCCCAAGCCGACGCCGUAGAGGCGCGGACCGUUCUAGACUUGAAGAUCGGGGCCGCGUUCACCCGUUACCAGACCAAAACGCUGAAAGCCCUUGCAAAUCUCCCUGGCGAAUUGAAAACAGGUCCCUGCCAAUUUCCGACCUUGGGAUUCGUUGUGGCGCGUUAUAACGACGUCCAGGGCUUCAUUGCGGAGGCCUUCUGGUAUAUUUACCUCGCAUUGACUCGUAAUAGAGAAGAGACAAAAUUCAACUGGCGGCGGGGCCACCUCUUUGACAUGGAUGUGGCUGCUGUCAUAUACCAGCAAGUUCUCUCAGAUGUAACCGCUCGAGUUACAAAGGUCACUAAGAAGCCCACGAAGAAAUGGAAACCUCUUCCAUUGACUACGGUGGAAUUGCAAAAGGCUGGCUCCCGAUUGCUGAGGCUGGCUCCAAAGAAAGUCCUUGAUAUAGCAGAGAAACUAUACCAACAGGGCUUCCUGUCGUAUCCUCGUACAGAAACGGACCAGUUUGAUCCUCAAUUUGACUUCAUGACACUGAUUGAUAAACAAACCGUGGACCCGGCGUGGGGGCAGUUCGCUACUACUCUGCAGGGAGGAGAGUUCACCCCGCCAAGACGAGGUAAGAACAAUGAUAAAGCUCAUCCUCCAAUUCAUCCGACAGCACACGCUGGCAAUCUCGGUGGAGAUGAGAAGCGAGUGUAUGAGUUCGUCACGCGGCGAUUUUUGGCGUGUUGUUCGAAAGAUGCAGUAGGCUCCCAGACAACGAUUGAUGUUGUAUGCGGAGGGGAAGAGUUCUUCACUACUGGUUUGAUUGUUCACGAACGAAAUUACCUCGAUGUAUAUCCCUACGACAAGUGGGUGUCUCACGCUGUGCCAGACUUUGCGGAAGGAGAGGAAUUUCAGCCCUCAGUUUGUGAACUCAAAGACGGCGAAACGUCUCCGCCCAGCCUACUCACGGAAGCUGACCUAGUUACGUUGAUGGACAAGAAUGGCAUCGGAACCGAUGCUACUAUUGCUCAGCAUAUUGAGACCAUUGUCCAGCGCGAGUACGUUGUUGAAAGGUUCGAAGGCCAAGUCAAAUAUCUCGUGCCUUCUACGCUUGGAAUUGGGCUCAUUGAAGGAUACAAUCAAAUCGGCUUUGACAAGAGCUUGAGCAAACCCCAACUACGACGCGAGACUGAACGUGCCAUGGUACAAGUCUGCGAGAGGAAUAAGACAAAGCACGAUAUGCUCAACCAAGCAAUCGAGCAGUAUAAGGAAAUGUAUAUCAUCGCUAGGCGGGAUUUCGAUCGAGUUAUAACCAGUGUACAACAACGCAUCGCCGGAGGCGGUGGCGGCGCGAACGGUGGGAUUGAUGCUGGCGGCGGCGGCGGCGGAGGAGGAGGAGGCGGUGGUGGUGGUCGAGGGAGGGGGCCCGGUGGUGGCGGGGGUGGUAAUGACAAUGACGGCGGCGAUGGAGGGGGUGGAGGGAGAGGCGGUCCGAGUAAUCCAACUAGAGGGAGCGGUACUGGUACUAGGGGGACGAGAGGUUCGGCAGCCACUCGUGGGACUAAGCGAGGCGCCCGCACAUCCAGCAACUCCUCGUCUUCGCGCGGCGGGAAGCAACCCACUCGUAGUCUAUAUAUCGACGAUGAUGAAGACAUCCUACUCCAACCACCCGCGCCACCAGCACCACCAAGGCAGAAGCCUCCAUCCCGCGCACCACCGCCCAUGCCGAUAGCGUCCUCUUCUACGAGCAGUGGCGGCAUGAGUUGCAAUUGUGGUGCUCCAGCAAUAAGGAGAGUUAUCACGAAUGAGACCGCGAGUAAGGGAAAGCAGUAUUGGGCAUGCUCUAAGGACUCUUGUGGGUUCUUUCAAUGGACAGGAGACCGUGUACCUGUCGAAUCCGUUGACACCGAUGCAUCGAAGAUAGUACCGACGAAACGAGCAUUCUCCUUGAACGAGGCAAAUACAGGUCCAGCAAGAACAUGCAAGUGCAACGUUGAUGGUACUCGAUUGACUGUCGUCAAGGAAGGCCCCAACCAAGGUCGGAAAUUCUGGAAGUGUGCAGAGAGCGUUUGCGAUUUCUUCGAGUUCGACGAUGAACCUCCGAGGACUGAGACGCGUGGGUUCUCCGCGCAGAAUGGAGCCGGUGGUGGUGGGGGCGGAGGCGGAGGCGGUGGUGGUAAAGCCAAUCCGGAUGACGAAUGCUAUAAGGUCAUUGGGCAAGCGCAUGUCCGAACGAAGCCCCCGGUCCCAAACGCGCGCGAAGUUUUGGUUCUGGAGCUGGUAAUGCAAUCCGCUGUUUCAAAUGCGAUAAGGAGGGCCAUUUCAGUAAUGCUUGUCCAGGGCAAUCUUCAGCGCCACGAGGACGUUCGAAGUCGACCUCCACUUCCCGCGGAGGGAAAGGCUCACGAGGUGGUCGAGGGUCUACAGGAGGGAAACGUGGCCGGGGAUCAAGUAAAUCGACAUUUGGUGCUGCAGAUGGCUAUUGAUGCUUAA